GGAAUGUGAUGUUAUUAUAUUUGUCAAAAAUAUUUGGCCAAACGUAUGACUAUAAGGUGAAAUGAGUCAUUUUUGGGAAAGUUUCCCUUAGUCGCAAAAACAAUAUUUGAGGACACUGAAAUUGGUGAAAUCCUUUAUACCCACUGAAACUAGCAAAGCUGCUCAGCUCUACACACAAUAUUUGUCUCUGCUUCUCUUACUUAAGUUGUUGCUCGUUUGUCACCAAUUUCUCUCUCUGUUUUUCCUUUUUUUUUUAGUUUCAAUUUUGAUAAAAUUAGCUCAAAUUUCUAGUGAAUGGAAGAUUGUCUGUGAAUUUUCUUGAUUCGAAUUCAAUUGUCGUUUUUGUUUUAUCAAAGAUAGAUCCUUUUUGCUCAAUUUUGUAGUGGGCUUACCCAUUUUUUGGAUUUUGACAAUGCUGAUAAUAGUUUUGUAAGUUGAAAUCAACAAAAUAUUUUAUGGGUAUUUGUUAAAUUAGGGUUCUCUUGAUUUGAUUUGUGUGGGAAAGAGGAUUUCUUUUUGUGAAUUGUGGAGGUUAUUUGGUGAUUCAGUUUCUUCUAGGGUUUUAGUUUGUUUUGCUGUUUUGUAUCUAUGGCUUCGUAUAGGCCAUUCCCUCCACCAUCUCAGUCGAGUUUUGUUCCGCCGCCACCCCCGCCGCAGAAUCAGAAUCCUCCGCCACCGCCGCCGUCUCAAUCGAGGGGAAGUCAGUAUUCGCAGAAUUGGGGUUAUGAUGGAUCUUCGUAUUAUCAGCAUCCUGGUUACGUUCCUCCACCUCCUCCUCCGGGGAGGAGUCAGUAUCCGCCACCGCCUCCGCCUGAUUCUUCGUAUCCACCUCCGCCACCACCUUCCGGGCAACCUCCUCCACCUCCUGCUCCAAUGUAUUAUCCGUCUUCGCAGUAUUCGCAGUAUAGUCAAAACCAGCCUUUAGAGCCUCCACCUCCACCUCCUCCUUCGUCUCCUCCGAGUUCAUCUAUUCCUCCUCCUCCACCGCCUUCUCAACCACCGUCCCCUCCGCCACCUCCUUCGUCAGCUCCACCUCCAAGCCAACGUAAUGAAAGUAGGCCUAGUGGAGAGAAAAAGCGAGAAUCUGGUUGGCGUGAAUCAGGGCAUCGGUCUAAACAGCCAGGGCAUUCAGUUCCUCCAUUGCCAGUGAAGAAAGCUAAUGCUCCUUCAGGGAGGGUUGAGACUGAGGAAGAGAGGAGGUUAAGGAAGAAGAGAGAGUUCGAAAAGCAAAGGCAUGAAGAGAAGCAUAGGCAGCAAUUAAAGGAAUCACAAAAUAGAGUGCUGCAGAAAACCCAAAUGUUGGCUUCUGGUAUGAAGGGUCAUGGGUCAAUUAGUGCAUCGCAUAUGGCUGACAGAAGAACUGCCCCUUUGCUAAGUGGUGAGAGGACAGAAAACCGGUUAAAGAAGCCGACAACAUUUCUUUGCAAGUUAAAAUUCAGAAAUGAAUUACCAGAUCCGACAGCUCAACCAAAGCUUUUGACUUUAAGAAGAGACCCAGAUCGCUUCGCGAAAUACGCAAUUACCUCAUUGGAGAAAAUGCACAAGCCUCAACUAUAUGUUGAACCAGACCUUGGAAUUCCGCUUGACCUUCUUGAUCUCAGUGUGUACAAUCCUCCCAAGGGUGUAAAGAUACCACUUGCUCCAGAAGAUGAAGAGUUGUUGCGUGAUGAUGAGCCUAUAACCCCCAUCAAGAAAGAUGGCAUAAAAAAGAAGGAAAGACCAACUGACAAAGGUGUUUCUUGGCUGGUCAAAACACAAUACAUCUCUCCUCUUAGCACGGAGUCAGCAAAACAGUCUCUGACUGAAAAGCAAGCUAAAGAAUUGCGAGAAAAUAGAGGCGGCCGCAACAUCUUGGAGAAUCUUAACAAUAGAGAUAGACAAAUUCAAGAGAUCAAGGCAUCUUUUGAGGCAUGCAAGUUGCGGCCCAUUCAUGCGACCAAUCACAGAUUGCGGCCAGUCAAAGUCCAGCCACUUUUCCCCGACUUUGAUCGGUACAUGGACCAGUUUGUGCUUGCGAAUUUUGAUAGUGCUCCAACUGCUGAUUCAGAAACCUACAACAAGUUGGAUAAAACUGUUCGUGAUGCAUGCGAAUCACAGGCCAUUAUGAAAAGCUUUGUGGCUACAGGCUCAGAUGCAGAUAAACCUGACAAAUUUCUGGCAUAUAUGGCCCCUGCUCCAAAUGAGCUAUCGAAGGAUAUGUAUGAUGAAAACGAGGAUAUCUCAUACUCUUGGGUUCGGGAGUAUCACUGGGAUGUACGAGGUGAUGACGUAGAUGAUCCUACUACAUACGUUGUGGCAUUUGGUGAAACAGAGGCCUGUUACAUGCCUCUUCCAACAAAGCUUGUUUUGAGGAAAAAAAGAGCUAGAGAGGGGAAAUCAAAUGAUGAAGUCGAACAUUUCCCAGUUCCCUCGAGAGUUACAGUAAGGAAGAGACCAACUGUAGCUGCUAUUGAACUGAAAGAAGAAGGGGGUUAUACAACAGCUUUGAAGGGGAGUGUGUCAAGUUCCAAGAGAACAAGAAUCGGUCAUGAAGAUGCUGUCGACGAACAGCUGCUUGAUAUGCAUGAUGGUGAUCAAGAUCAGUCGAGUGGUGGCGAGUACAUGUCUGAUUGAUUCCUUCAAAUUUAUUUCAGAUAAUUUACAGCAGAGGAAAAGAGAAAAAGGUGUAGGGGAGUAGGUACACGAGAAAAGUUGCAUAAAUAAACAAUGCUUUGUACCAUAUAGGAAUUUUGCUCUUUGAAAUGAUUGAACUUUCAAGUUUUUUGCAUAUGAUGCCAUGAUUCUGGCCUGAUCAUCA